AUGAUGCUGCUCACGACGACGGCGGUUUUCUGCUUCUGCUUGGCAGCGUUCACCGCUGAAGCCGUUACAACAGACGAACCAGGCGUCGUCGAGGGGAAGCUGAUAUUUGCGCACGUUAUUUUUCGCCAUGGAAAUCGAACGCCGAUUGUGUCCUACCCGACUGAUCCCUGGCGGGAUCGACGCCAUUGGCCGAACGGAUGGGGGCAGCUCACACACCUCGGCAAACGUACCCAGUACGACCUGGGCCGAUGGUUGCGGAAGCGGUAUCACCAUCUUCUUGGCGAUCUCUACUCACCGGAUGAAAUCUACGUCCUGUCGACCGAUGCCGAUCGGGUGAUAACGAGUGCGCAGGUCACCCUGGCUGGACUUUACCCUCCGACGGGACGGGACGUGUGGCAUCCGAACAUCGCGUGGCAACCCAUUCCCGUGCACGUGCUGCCCCGACAGAUCGACAAUCUGCUCGCAGUUUCUCGACCGUGUCCGGCAUUUGAGGAAAAGUUUCUCGAAUAUCAAAGGUCUGAAGAAUUCCAACGGUAUAAUCGUACGAUUGGUCCUGCUUUGCGAUACAUGGCAGAACAUAGUGAAAGUGAGAUGAGUAAUUUCCUAAGCGCUUACUAUUUGUACAGCUGUUUGGACGUCGAGCAACAAAAUGGAUUCCGACUUCCAAACUGGACUAAACAAGUGUACCCGGAACCGCUUAAAACGAUUUCUGCUGAACUUUUUAAACUAAAAACCGCAACGCGUCCAUUGGCUAGAUUUACCGUUGGGCCUCUUUUGAAAGACAUUUUGUCACGUUUUCAGCAAAAGAUCGAUCAAACUCUCGACCCAGAUCGCUCGGUUUGGAUCUACAGCGGUCACGACAUAACGAUUGUUAGCCUGCUGAAUGGACUAGGACUCUUUCAAACGCACAAUCCACCGUUUGGAGCGUGUAUCAUGAUCGAGUUGCGCACAUCUCCCAGUGGGACUCCGUACGUUUCAGUGAUCUAUCGAGACAACCAAGAAGAACCGGAAGCACUGCACAUCCCUGGCUGUGGAACGCGAUGCCCCCUUGGUAAAAUGGUUCAACUUUACGAGGAUAUCCUUCCGGACGAUUGGGAACGGGAAUGCGGCAACGUUUAG